AGGAAAUCAGGGGGCGGAAAAGAAAAAAGAGACCAAAUCCCAAACGUCUCCAUUCCAAAAUCAUUCCGCGCACCGCCCGGCGAGAUCAGGCGGCUCCGUCGCCAAUUCUCUGCCGGAGCCGGGAAGAUGCGAUUUUCCGAGGCGGCGGACCCAUUUUCCUGUGAGAUUUACUACGGUGGCGUUUCGAAGUCUCAGGCAGUCGGAAGGCGCGAUCUUGCCGCUGCGAACUCGGGCAGAUUCUUGCCGCUCAUCUGAGGAUUAGAGGUCGCGUGCGGAGGUGAGAGGCUGGGCACCUCCACCGCGUUUCUUGCGCGGAUUUCAUCCAUUUCCUGGUGCUGUUGCCGAGAAUCCGGCGUGAAAUUCGUUGCGGGAGGCGAAAGACACGAAGGCGAUGGACUACUACAACAUCCUCAAGGUGAACCGCAAUGCCACCUUGGAGGACCUCAAGAAGUCGUACCGGCGGCUCGCGAGGACGUGGCACCCCGACAAGAACCCAACAGCUGGCGCCGAGGCUGAGGCCAAGUUCAAACAGAUAACCGAGGCCUAUGAGGUACUAAGUGAUCCAGAAAAGCGUGCAGUAUAUGACCAAUAUGGUGAAGAAGGUUUAAAGGGGAUGCCUCCACCUGGUUCGUAUAGCCGUACCUCCACAACUGCAGGCCCAAGUGGUCCAAGUAAUUUCCGGUACAAUCCUAGUGACCCAGAUGAUUUCUUUAACGAGUUCAUGGCGAGCAACAAGACAUACACCUUUGACCAAGACCGAAGGCGCUUUCAACCAACACACCGGACCUCAGCAAGGAAUAGUCGAAGUGAGGCUUCUUCCAGUUCUCAGAAGGAACCCAGUACUAGCACAAGACAGCUAGAAAAGCCCCCGCCUGUGGAAAAAACAUUAAUGUGUUCUCUUGAAGAGUUGUUUAAUGGAACAAAAAAGAAGAUGAAGAUCACUAGGAAUGUCGCAAAACCUGAUGGAAAGCUAGAGGUCGAGACAGAGGUCUUGCAGGUCGAGGUGCUGCCAGGCUGGAAAAGGGGAACAAAGGUGACAUUUGACAACAAAGGAGACACGCUGCAUGGCUAUCUACCACAGGACCUUACCUUCGUGAUCGACGUGAAGCCUCAUGACACCUACACUCUAGAAGGGAACAACCUCCUAGUAAGCCACAAGAUCGCUUUGGUGGAUGCUCUUGCCGGGACGACCAUAAACCUCAAGACCCUCGAUGGCAGGAGCCUUCCUGUCAGUGUGGACGAAGUGGUGCGCCCUGGGCAUGAGAUCGUGAUCGAGAACGAAGGGUGGCCGAUCCGGAAGGAGCCAGGGAAGAAGGGGAGCCUGAGGAUCAGGUUUGAUGUGACCUUCCCGGCGAGGCUGUCGUCGUCGCAGCGAGCUGCCAUUAGGCGGAUCAUGGGGAGCUAACCUGAGAUACAUAUAAACAAAGAAAAAGAACUGGCUAGUGUGGGGGCAGGUUGAGCUGAUUUAGAUAGUUCAUCUAGCGAUUGUAGGUCCGGUAGCAGCGGUUGUGGCACUGAUUCUAUCUUGUCGGUGCUGUUGUUUGGAAAGUGAGAUGGUUUUUUGUUUCUUUGCUCAUCAUUAGAAAUGAUGCUAAUUUUGGUCAUGUUGAACUGAUCCAUUUUGAAAGCUUUGUUAUUGGUGGUAGUUCUUCAAAUAA